UCGUAAGAAGCAUGGUGAGAUACCAAAGUCUGAUUGUAGCUGCUUUAUUUCGAGCUUCUCGCCGUUUUACCUCACCGGCGACUAGUUUCUCAGCUAGGGCUUUUUCUUCUUCCUUACUAUUACCAAAGACGAUCAAUUUCACUCUUCCUCGCUAUUCUCCUUUCUCUUCUUCGGUCUCUACUUUUUCUUCUUCGUCUUCUUCUACUUCUCCUGCUCCUUCAGGUCGACCGCCAAGAACCGCCGGUAGUCAUGACGACGAAGAAGACACGUUCGAAUAUAAAACAACUGAUGAUGUGGAGGUCAUAGAAGAUUGGGAAGAAGAAGAAGAAGAGGAAGUUGAAUCACAUCUUGACGAUGGAGGAGAUGGUGGUGGGGUUGUUCUUCGAGGUGUACCAUGGGGUGAAAGAGUUCUCUCUAUUGCUGCAGAAGUUUUAAAGCAGUCUGAGAAUGAUUUAGAAUUGUUUGCUUUCAAAACUUCACCCCGUGGAUAUAUAUACGUCAGACUAGACAAACUCUCAACUGAAUAUGGAUGUCCUACCAUGGAUGAGCUUGAGGAAUUUAGUCGAGAAUUCAAGAGAAGACUAGAUGAUGCUGGGAAUGCAAAAGAAGUCCCAGAGGAUCUUGCCCUUGAGGUGUCAUCUCCAGGAGCAGAGAGGCUGCUGAGAGUCCCAGAGGACUUGCCUCGAUUUAAGGAUAUGCCAAUGACAGUAAGCUAUGUAGAGGAAACAAACUCGAGGACCGCAGUAAAGAGUGCAGUGUUUCUCUUGGAGUCUAUAGAUGCAGAAUCAGAUAAAUGUGUCUGGAAAUUAGCAGAUGUAAAGGAAAACAGAGAUCCCGAAAGCAAAGGCAGACCGUUAAGCCGGAAACAAAAGGACCUGAGAAUCACACUGCCUUUCACAGAUCACAGGAAGAUAAAUCUCUACCUUGAUUAGAUAAGUUGAAGUAGAGUUGCUAGCAAAGGAAGUCAUUGUCACUGAGAGUUUCACAUUGCUGGCUGUUUCUGGAUAAUUUUUCUAUCCCAGUAGACAUAUCUUCUCUAAGCUUACUAGUUCACACUAGGUUGCGUUUGAUAUAAUGGUCUAGAUAAGUGACUUUUGUAUCAGUUGAGAUGGUCAGUGAGGUAAUAAAACAUAUGACAAAAAUUCACACUACUAAGAUUUUGUGAAAUGUGAAUAGGCAAAAAGCUGACUAACAGACAAUAUCAAAUCUUAUGAAUAUCAUAAACUACCAUCUUCAAACA